AUGUGCGUUGGCACCCGUGCUGCUGGUUUUGGCGGCAGUGCCGCAGACACAUCCAUCGUAGUCGGUCCAGCACGGAGGAGAUCCUACUGCGGCCGCGCCCUUGUUGGAGCGGCGCCGUUGCCAGUCUUACUGCUUCUGUUGCUGUCGGUAAUGUGUGUGAAAGCCGAUAUAGAGAUCGAGGUUUUCUCUCUAUUGCACCAUCAGAAGAUAGAGAAAAGGUUCGUUGAAGCGGUUAACGCUGGCUUCAACGCUUCCAUGACCUCGCGCCGGUGGAAGACGGCACCCAGUGUGCACAUCAAAGUCAUGCAUCCAUUUACGCCCAGCGCGUCACCUGUUAGUGGCUUCCAACAGGCUGUGGAACGCAACAGGGGCAAACUCUUCGUUGUAGUUGGACCCCUGGGCGAUUUCGGCACCGUCUCGUCGCUCAUUACACUACUGGCAGAACAGGAUGUGGUCGCCUUCGCGCCCCUAACUGGAUCAAGUGGGGGUCGUGGGUGGAACCCUAAUCUAUACUUCACGCGUGCUUCUCCAUCCGCAGAGCUACUGGCGCUCAUCCGAUACGCGUUGGGCCGGCUACGUACAAUUCGAUUGGGUUUCAUGUACCUUCACAAUGUCUUCUUCGGGGUGGAGGAAUAUGACGUCGCCCAGCGCAUAUUGCGUCGCAUGGGUUAUGGAUUUUGCGGUGUUUUCACUUUAAGUAGCUCACUGACCGGGGUUGCGAGCACCAGACACUUCGAUUCCGCUUGGAAUACGUUUGUGGAAAGUCGUCCACAGGCUGUGAUUGUGUUCGCUCCCCCCGUGGGGGAUACGGCAAGGUUCAUACGAAACCUGGUUGCUGACAGUCGCACGAGAAGUGCGUACGUGCUUGUUCCGUCGAUGCUCCAGUUUGCCAUUGAGAACAUGUGGCGCGAGGCGCUGGCCUUUGCCGAUAGCCCAUUUGUGGAUGGGCAAGUUGUGGUAACGGGAACCAACCCACUUGCAAGGGACACACAGUAUCACGCUAUCCGACGGUUUCAGAGAGACGUGAGGUCGUAUCUAAAAUCGAACCCGGGUGUAACGGUCUUCAAUGCCUCGAGCAAUUUCGAUCACGAUGACAUAGAUGGGCAGUUGUUGGUUUAUGGAUGGAUCACUGGUGAGGUGUUAGCUCAGGCGUUGAGCGUGCCCGAGCGUCUGACUGACAGAAAAACAUUUAUGCAAUCGUUGUAUGACCAGCGGCGAUACGUAAUUGAUGACCUUGUGAUUGGAGACUAUGGUGGUGAGUGCGCUGGUUGGGCAGCCGGUCAGGGAGCAAUGUGCUGGUGCAACCAGGGGGGGAACACGGUGCACGUAAGGGUGAUCAGUAGAGGCUACCGGCUGCUGGAUGCACCCGAUGGAAUUAUGAUGUUUGACUCUUCUCACUGCUACCCUAGCGAGGUCGAAAUGCAGGCUCCGUUCAAUGGUGUGUCUGUUCUGAUACCGGAUAGACCAACCGCAUUGCAUGCUGCUGUAGAAAUGGAAGAGGGCGCCUCUCUACUCGAAGUGAGGGAGCACAACCAAGACAGCAGGCUGUUUUUCGACACCAUCGUCUCGCCUUUCAGCGGAGCCGCCGAGGAGUUGCAGCGGGAGUGGUCCACGAAGAUCACCACGGCUGUGCUGGGUGUUGUGGAUGAAGCAAUGCUAAAAACACCCGGUGUCGCGUUCAUUGACCCGGUGCCGCUCGCGCCGCGACUGAACAAAAUGGAAAGGAAUGUUAUUCAUCUCUCGCCAACCCUGGAACAGCAAUUUUAUGUGUGCACGUCGUAUCUUUCGAGGAACGACAAAAAACGUCUGCAUAUCGUUAUCCGCAGUAUCGAUGCGGCCGCAAUCGAGGAUGUUCUGAAGAAAACCCUUGCGACGUUCAGUGUGGAACCGCAGUCAGUGGUAGUGCUGGACGGCAACGCCACGGUAGAGGGCCACCUGCCUGACAGUGGGGAUGUUUACGUCAUCGGCCUCACGGCAGCUGAUCCCGUAGUGAUUGCGGCCCAUCUCAAUAGUCAUGAUAGUGCUCGUGUGUUCGUUCCAUUUUUCGAUGUAGUACUGCUUCAUGAAGAAUUUUUUAACGCGUUCGAAGGCGUCUCGAGUGCUGAUCGCGUCCUCUUCGCCACUAACCUACCACAUUGGGCGGACGAGAUCACAGCGUCAGAGGUUGUACAGAAAUUCUACACAGCGGAAAGAAAUGCAUCACGGCGAACGCCGCUCUCGCUUCUAGGAUUUGCCACAGCGUAUUUCAUGCGGGUUAUUAUUUCCCCGAUGAAGGCUAUGAACGCAACUGCGCUUGUUGACUCCAUUUUUGCUCAAUCUGUAGUCAACGUCGGUGAGAUGCGCUACGGCCCCUUCGCCGAUGACGGUUGUUUUCUGAAAGGAGUGCCGCGUUUGACAGGUUGUGCCGUUAACUAUGGCGCAACGCAGAUAUCCGUGUGGUCUAUGGCCCGUGCCCUCAACGCCUCCAUUCCUCCACUUACAAAUCCCAUGACACCGUCAAUGAGGUACUUGGACCCGGACGCCGGUAAACUUUCACGGGGACAACUUGCUGGCGUAAUCGCCAGUUCCAUUCUCGUCGCACUGCUUCUUGUGGCUCUGACUACGGUGCUGCUGCAUGUCUCGCGACACAACACCCGUGAUAACAACAGCGCGCCAAAGGAGCCCACAGAGCCUGUGACAAUUGUUUUCACAGAUAUUGAAAGCAGCACGGCACAGUGGGCUGCCCACCCCGAUGUCAUGGCUGAUGCUGUCGCCGCACACCACAAGUUGAUCCGCGCGCUGAUCUCCCAGUACGAGUGUUACGAGGUGAAGACCGUUGGGGACUCGUUCAUGAUCGCGAGCCGAAGUGCGUUUAUGGCGGUGCAACUUGUGCGGGAUCUGCAGAGGGCGUUCCUUCGCCACGACUGGGGCGCGUCCGUGUUUGACGAGUAUUAUCGCAGUCUUGAGCAGGACCGUGCGUCAGAAAGUGAGGGAUACGUGCCGCCAACCGCACGCCUGGACCCCGACGUGUACCGAAAGUUGUGGAAUGGCCUCCGAGUGCGAGUUGGUGUGCACACCGGAUUGUGUGACAUUCGCCACGAUGAGGUGACAAAGGGUUACGACUACUAUGGUCAUACGUCGAACAUGGCUGCCCGCACAGAGAGCGCUGCGAAUGGUGGACAGAUAUUGCUGACACGUGCAACAUACCUUUCGCUAAGCACAGCAGAGCGUGAGCAACUUGACGUCACUGCGCUGGGCGCCGUCCCACUGCGUGGCGUUCCCGAUCCGGUCGAAAUGUACCAAGUUGAUGCUGUGGUCGGUCGGUCCUUCGCUGCACUGCGCCUCGACGGGGAAGUCGAUCUGGUCGCUGAAAGUGAAUUAGCUGUUUGCCACGCCAGUGACACCAGUUCAGCUACUACUGCCCUGGAUGAAUCAUCGCAGAUCAUCACCAGCUGCUUUGAGACGCUGCUUGGCGCAUUCACUCCUUCCAAGCGGCGAGACCUGCUGUUGCCUAUCUGCGAGCGUUGGCGUGUGACGUUGCCACAGAAAACCAAGUCCGUGUGGGAUGAUAACGACUGUCAGGAGGUUAUGCGGCGUAUAGCAACAAAAGUGGGCCGUGUGGUGGACUUCCAUGUUGUGGAUGACGGCGGUUGCUCGACGGAAACAGUAAGCAGUGCAUCGGUGAUUAUUAUAUCUAAUCAUGUGGAGGAUUUCACCGCGCAUCAAACUUAG